CCGUCGUCUCUUCCUAUAUCUGUCGCCUCUUCGAUCCUGCUCCGGCCGCGUUAUUGGAUUCGAGAAUGCACAAAAACAGGCUGCAGGAGCUUUGCCAGAAGCGAUCAUGGCCUCUGCCAACUUACACAGCUAGCCGCGAGGGUCCCGACCACAACCCCGAGUUCGGUGCCUCCGUCCUUGUCAGCGGCCAGACCUUCGACUCCCCGAACCUCUUCAAAUCUCUUAAAGAGGCUCAGAACAAGGCCGCUGAGGUAGCCCUAGACAGCCUCUCUGCCAUUUCCUCCGCCUCCUCUGCUCCCGACCAUCCAGCAGGCGAUGAGUCUUCUCCGGCCGCCAAGGCUCAAAUUUUUUACAAGAGUCAGCUACAACAGUAUGUGCAAAAGAGAAAUAUUGGUGCGCCAAAAUAUGUUUGUCUCAGCGACGGUUCAGCUCACGCACAUAGGUUUAAGGCAAGGGUUACAGUUGAUGGACAAACAUUUGAGAGUACACAGUACUUCAGAUCGUUAAGAGAAGCUGAACAUUCUGCUGCAAGGGUUGCUUUAAUGUCUUUGCCUCUUGAAGAGAAUCAGCAGGAUGAACCAAAUUUUUACAAGAACCUCUUGCAACAACUAGCUCAGAAGAAAGGUCUAUGUUUGCCAAAAUAUAAUACAGUGUCUGAGGAUGAAUCCCAUAUGCGUAUUUUCAGAAGCACUGUCGAAAUACAUGGAAAAAGCUUUGUAGGAGAUGUUGGGCGGACCAAAAAGCAGGCAGAGAUGAAUGCUGCAAAAGUUGCCUUGAAUCAUGUUGAAGGACGAAUUAAUUCCCAUUCAAUCAGAAUGACUUGCGGAGAUGCUAUGGAUAACCUGGAACACCCAAAAAUUCAUGCUGAACCACCCUCAUCUAUAACGACUGACGAAAGGAAUCAAACUGCGGAAGAAUAUUCAGAAAAUGGUGCCAUAACAGAAGUAACCCAGCCUGCUACCGGCCUUUCGCCGAAGUACCAAGUAAAGCUUAAUGACUCUCCUAUUCCUGCUAGAAAUCAACCAAAUCUUAACGCGAUUCCAUCCUCAACUCUGAAGAUUAAGGAAGCUUAUCAGGCUACAUGUGAUAUCAAUUUCCAGGAGAAACAAAAUCGUUUUCCAGUUCCGAUCUCAAAUGAGAAUAUCAAAGAGAAGCAAGCUAAUGGCAAAGUUGAAGAUGAACGAGUCGUCACAAAUAAAACAGAUCAUGAAGUUUUGUCGAAUACAAGUAUGAUUAUAAAUGAACUAGAUGACGACACCCUUUUCUCCGACUGUACUGAUAAGCUCAACCUCUCUAAUCUGAAGCUGGGUUCUAGUACAAAUUCAGACAUUAACAGUCAAAAUGUAGAACAUCACGAUGAAAUCUUUUCUGGCAACCAUGUAGAUCAACUAAACCUCACUGCUUCGAAGCUGGAUUUGGAUGGAAAGGCAAAAGAAGAAGAAAGUAACGAUUGUUCCUCCGGAGAUGUCGAUGACAACGACAACAAAGUCGUCGAUGCUGAUAUCGGUAAGAUUUUCGAUUCCCCCUCCUUGCUUUGUAAUAGAGUUUUGGUGUAUCCUUGCAAGCCCGACAUUGUUUUACCUGUAGGAGCCACCCUCAUGCCUUUUAGUGAUAGUGCGUGGGUGGCCGUGAGCUUGGAUUUCUCCGAGCAUGAGAAUCUACCAAACAUUUUAUGAGCCAUUUAUGUUAUCUGCUGAUCUAUCAAGAAUUAGUCCUCCUCACAUAGUACUAACAGCAAUAAUUUAAGCUAUAUUAUGAACUUCAUUUUGUUUUA